AUGGCUAGGGGCAAGAUUGUGAUUAGGAGGAUUGAGAAGAUGAGCAGCAGACAGGUCACCUUCUCCAAGCGGCGUCAUGGCCUGAUGAAGAAGGCACAUGAGCUGGCAAUCCUCUGUGAUGUCCAGGUCGGCGUCAUCGUCUUCUCCCCUACCGGUCACCUCUACGAGUAUGCCAGCUCCACCACCACCACCACCAUGGGCAUGCCUUCCAUCAUUCAUAAGUACCAAUCUGCACAGGAGAACCACCAGCUGUUGAAUCCAGUGUCACAAAUCAUGUUUUGGGAAGGUGAAGUACGGAAAUUACAGCAGGAAAUGCAGAUACUUCAAGAUCAUCAUCGGAAGCUAAUGGGGGAGAGAUUAUCAAACCUAGGAGUCCACGACUUGUGUUUAUUGGAAAAUCCACUAGAGAAGAGCUUACGCUGUAUUAGAGAGAAGAAGGAACAAAGCUUUGCCAACCAUAUUGUACAACUCAAUGAAAAGACAUGGUAA